AUGCCGGGGUCUGAAACUGCAUUGGAGGAGCUCAUGUGCCGCGUACUAGGGGAUCUUUUAGAGGAAGGGGUGAUUGCUAAGCUUGCUGACGACCUUUAUUGUGGUGCUGAUAGCCCGGAUGAGUUACUUCGUCAUUGGAGACGCGUGCUUGAAGCGCUCAAACACAACAAUCUCAGAUUAUCUCCUAACAAGACAGUCAUUGCUCCCAGGACAACAACCAUCCUAGGAUGGCAAUGGCACCAAGGAUCCAUUCAGGCAAGUCAACACCGCAUAUCAACUCUGGCUUCUUGUUCACCUCCGGAAACAGUGACUGGCUUACGGUCAUUUAUAGGAGCUUACAAGGUCUUGUCCCGUGUAAUACCUGGUUGUUCCACACUCCUUGCCCCACUUGAUGCUGAAGUGGGCGGUCGCCAGUCUAGUGAAAAGCUUCUGUGGUCUGAUUCUUUGCUCGAUGCCUUCAAAACAGCACAGACUGGUCUCGCAUCCAACAAAUCCAUAGUUCUGCCCCACCCCGAUGACCAACUCUGGAUUGUAACUGAUGGUGCUGUUAGGAAGCCAGGAAUUGGAGCAACACUUUAUGUAACACGUAGUGACUCGCCACGACUAGCAGGAUUCUUCAGUGCCAAGCUUCGGCGACAACAGGUCGCAUGGUUACCAUGUGAAGUGGAAGCCCUUUCAAUUGCUAUCGCUACAAAGCAUUUCAGUCCUUUCAUUAUCCAGUCAAAACACAAAGCAUGUGUCCUUACCGACAGUAGACCAUGUGUUUUGGCAUUUGAGAAGUUAUGCCGUGGGGAGUUCUCUGCUAGUCCUCGGGUGUCUACCUUCUUAUCGACAGUUAGCCGCUACCAAGCAACGAUACAACACCUCGCUGGUUCUGCAAAUGUGCCAUCCGAUUUUGCAAGCAGAAAUGCACCAGAAUGUGACAAUCCCUCUUGCCAAAUCUGCUCCUUCAUUGAGCGCACAGAAAGCUCUGUUGUUCGACAACUGUCUAUAGAGGACAUCAUGAAUGGAACAACCCGCCUUCCUUUCACAAGCAGGUCUGCUUGGCGUUCCUUGCAAGAGGAGUGCCAGGAUCUUCGACGAACACAUGCUCAUCUUCUCCAAGGUACCCGACCAUCCAAGAAGAUAACAAACAUCAGGGAUGUCAAACGAUACCUAAAUACAGCAACCAUCUCCAAGGAUGGAUUGCUUGUUGUCCGAAAAUCUGAGCCACUCGGUUCACCAAGAGAGUGCAUUGUUGUUCCAAGACAAGUAUUAGACGGAGUCCUGACUGCCAUACACAUACAACUGGAUCAUCCAUCUGCACACCAACUCAAGCAAGUAUGCCAUAGAUACUUCUUUGCUUUGGACCUUGACAGAUCCAUAAACACUGUCUCAAAAUCUUGUCACCGGUGCGCCUCCUUGCGUAAGACACCUCAUGUUGUUGUGGACCAAAGCACCAGUGAUCCACCUGAAACUGUUGGGUUUGCAUUUGCGUCAGAUGUUAUGCGCAGGGAACGACAACUAAUCCUCGUUCUACGUGAAUGUGUCACAUCCUACACUGCGGCGUGCAUCAUUACCGAUGAGCGUAGCUCCACCCUGUGUGAGGCAUUGAUUCGUCUUUGCAUUGAAUUCCGUCCAUUUGAUGGCCCUCACGCUGUUAUCCGCACUGACCCAUCCCCAGGCUUUAGCAGUCUAGUCACGGAUGAACGUCUCAAGCAACAUAGAAUUACCCUAGAAAUAGGCAGAGUGAAGAAUGUGAACAAGAACCCAGUUGCUGAAAAGGCCAUACAAGAGUUAGAGGAUGAGCUUGUGCGCCAAGACCCUGUACGGGGCCCCACUACACCAACAGCUCUUGCCAUCGCUGUCGCCCGCCUAAACACACGCAUUCGUUCACGAGGCCUGUCUCCUCGAGAGAUGUGGACCCAGAGAGACCAAUUCACAAUCUGUCAGUUGCCUCUGUCCGACAAGCAGUUGAUAACAGAGCAACAUGUUAAUCGCCAAAAAAAACCACAGUCACAGUGA